ACACACGGAGUUGAGAGUUGAGUGAGAAAACAUUACGAUCGAGCUAGUUUAAGAAAAAAUGUUGAAAGUGAGUUUCUUAAUGUUGCUUGCCAUGGCUUUGGCAGCGACUGGUGUUCAUGCUCGCUUAGACCUAUUUGCAAUUGGUCAGCUGCUUACCCCUAAUACCCAACCAGACCAGAAUGUUGGAUGCCAGAAGAUUCCAUUUUUACUGUGCGAUCGUGUCUGUGAUGCUUGCGUUUGCGAUAGGAGUGCGCCAGAAAUUUCACAGUGCACUUGUGCACAAUGGAAAACGUUUGGAGAACAUCCGAGAUCCGACGGAGCACAGGUCCAGGUGAUUGAAAAAGAAAAAUCACAAAUUACAGUAGAGUCAGCUUCAGGAACCAUUCCAUAUACAGAAUGCAUCAAAACCUGCGAUGAAUGUUUCUGCACCAUGAUGUGGCCUCCGGAGAGCAAUGUGUGCAUUUGCAACAACCACAAAAAAUCCAAGAAACCAGCUGCUGUGGCCAAAGAAGUGAUCGACGGAGCACAAGUCCAGGUGAUUGAAAAAGAAAAAUCACAAAUUACAGUAGAGUCAGCUUCAGGAACCAUUCCAUAUACAGAAUGCAUCAAAACCUGCGAUGAAUGUUUCUGCACCAUGAUGUGGCCUCCGGAGAGCAAUGUGUGCAUUUGCAACAACCACAAAAAAUCCAAGAAACCAGCUGCUGUGGCCAAAGAAGUGAUCGACGGAGCACAGGUCCAGAUGAUUGAAAAAGAAAAAUCACAAAUUACAGUAGAGUCAGCUUCAGGAACCAUUCCAUAUACAGAAUGCAUCAAAACCUGCGAUGAAUGUUUCUGCACCAUGAUGUGGCCUCCGGAGAGCAAUGUGUGCUUUUGCAACAACCACAAAAAAUCAAAGAAACCAGCAGCUGUGGCCGAAGAAGUGAUCGACGGAGCACAGGUCCAGGUGAUUGAAAAAGAAAAAUCACAAAUUACAGUAGAGUCAGCUUCAGGAACCAUUCCAUAUACAGAAUGCAUCAAAACCUGCGAUAUAUGUUUCUGCACCCUGAAGUGGCCUCCGGAGAGCAAUGUGUGCAUUUGCAACAACAACAGAAAAUCAAAGAAACCAGCUGCUGUGGCCGAAGAAGUGACCGCAGAAUUGCAUAGUGAAUUGGACUUGGUCUCCAAGCCGGUUGCAAAAUCAGUAGGAGGCUGGAUUCCAUAUCCGAAAUGCAUGAAAAAAUGCGAUGAAUGUGUGAUUUGUACUAAAAAUUAUCCAAUUGAGGCGGCACUGUGCUAUUGUGGUAAAAAGACUGCUUCCAACUCCAAGAAACCAGCACUCGAAUAUGCGGAAAAAUUGCUUACAAAAUUGGACGUAGUCGCCAUACCAGUUGCAAAACCAGUGGGAGGCUUUAUUCCAUACCCAGAAUGCACGGAGAAAUGUGAUGAGUGUGUGAUUUGCACAUUAAUUUAUCCAAUUGAGAAAGCAUUAUGCUACUGCGGUAUGAAGACGAAAGCUGAAGGCAGAGCCCUCCCCAUCUCGCUAUCCGAGUAACUUGCCAGCUUGGUUGCUAAGUGCAUGUUCUUCCCCAAAUAAUCGAUCGAGUUCGUUGAUAAAUAAUAGGGCCAUAAUAUGUUGGGAUUACUCCUACGUACUAUUGAUGCCCUGGACUUCCUUUCAGCCCCCUUAAGGACUAAUUAAGGCCAGGCUUUAGUUAGUUGUUAUGCACAAUAAGCUUGCAUUUGUCUGCCUAUAUGUAAGCGGUCCGGAUUAUGUUAUGUAUUGAUGUUGAUAGUUUCUUUCA